ACAAGUCACUUCUCUUUCGUUUUUCUCUCUAAACUCUAAUCUCUCUCAAAUAUUUCAAUUCCAACAGAGAAUUAUACACAGAUCAGAAAUGGAGCCAAACAAUUUGCCAGUGAUAGCGAAGAAGUUUUGGAGCAUUGUGAGAGCGGCGCUUUUCAUGUUGAAGCAAGGCAUAUGCAAGAGGAAGCUUAUGCUUGAUCUCAAUCUAAUGCUCAAGCGCGGCAAGAUCGCCGGAAAAGCCGCCAUCCACGGCCUCAUCUUCCACCGCGGCAACCACCACCACUUGUCCGUCUUCGCCGCCGCGGCCGCCGCCCACCGCCGCUCCUCCGACCCGCCUAACGAGUACGAGUUCAGCUGCAGCAACAGCCCCGCGUACAAGAAAAGCAAGCACGCGCUACACUUCCCGUGCGCUCACGCGCCGCCCACCGACGACGACAAUGGCGUCGUCACCGUCAACUCGUUCAUGAAGGCGCUGGAGAUGCACGCGCUGCAGAGCGAAACGGCGUCGCCUGCGUUGCCGGGAUUCGGGAGGACUCCGCUAGCGAGGCAGCUCAGGGUGACGGACUCGCCGUUCCCGGUGGGAGACGCGGAGGCGGACUGCCACGUGGACGAGGCGGCGGAUGAGUUCAUUUCCAGGUUCUACAAAGAUUUGAGGCUGCAAAGUAAUUAGAGAGAGAGAGAGAGAGAAAAGCUGGCUAGCAAAGAUCGAUGAUAAAUUUGUUGCGUGGAUUGGAUUUGCAUGCAAUAAUAUUAUAUUUUUCAAGUGACGAUUAAAUUCAAGCAAUUCAAUCAAAAUCAUAAAUUAUACAUUAUAGUAUUAUAUCAAUCAUUGCGCAUGGACUACUUGUGUUGCUGGGAUUGGGACGUGACAUUGUUACAUGUACAAAUUACUCGUUUAUAAGAGCAUAUAUAUAAUUCUCCAAUUUUUAUUUGCA